UUAUAUAAUAUAUACUAGAAAUUGUUAUAAAAUUUUCUUUGUCUAACAGUUAAUAAGAUGUUUUUAUCAUUUGAAACAAGCGUUAUGGAUAAUCUAAACAAGUAAAUUUCAAGUGAACCAAUAUUUGAUUAGAUCAUCACUACUGCAGUGAAGGAAGUUUCACAUGAAAAAGUAAAUGUAUCUUCCUCUUUACAAUGUAUACGAAAAGAGAUGUGUGGUUAGAAUUUCUGUAUCUAAAUUGGGAUUCUUUACUGUACUGCUGCCAUUACUUGCUUUUAUAAUGUGUAUAAUAUUGACAAUGUAUAAAGAUUUUGAUAGAGCUAAUCACACACAUUGCAACGUACCAAAUAUAUUCCCUUCAAUAUCGGCAUCUAUUGGAAAUUAUGAACCCCAAAGAACAAUUUGGAAAACUGCCAUUUACAUCCAUGCACCUAUCAGGUUCUUUAUUAUAUAUUUACGAUGGAAAUAUUAUAGAGAAAUUAUAUUAGACACUUUCAGUGUUAUAGUUAAUGUAGCUGUAUCUUUAAAUGUAAUAGAAAAUCUGUCAUUGGUUGGCCUGAGUUAUUGGACUUCGUCUCUGAAUUACCCAUUUCAUGAAGUAUGUUUCAAGACAUUUAUUGGAACAUCAAUAUUUUACAUGCUGCUAACAAGUGUACUGGUUACUCAGUACAGAAGGAAGUCUCACAUGACUCGUUUAGAGAGAAACUCUGUUAAAUUGAAAUGGAGAGCAUUUUCCAUUAAUGUUGUGUCAUUUACGAUUGCUGCUUACUUCUUUUUAAGACACAACAGACUCUGUGAACCUUAUGUAUACUCUAUGUUCGGGUUUUCUGAAUAUAUUGUUGUGUUCAGCAACAUUGCAUUCCACAUGACAACGGUGUAUGAUUUGGAGAGGAGGAAUAUUUAUCUUAGUACAAGAGGCAUUAGAUUAGAAUAAUAGAAAAUCUAAGAUAAUAGAGAAUACAGCUUUAAAGUGACAGUCAAGAUAAAUAAAUGACAUUAUUAAUGUAUGACAAAAAUCAUUUUGCAGUCUUUUUUUUUAAAAGAAACUUAACUUUGAGUUAUGGCCAGCUUUAUCAUUAUUUAGUAAAUAUCUUUUAAUGGAAAAAAUUACAAACUUCUGCCAAAUAUUUUAGCUAAUUAGUCUGCUAUACAAUAUAUUCAUUUUUAGUAUUAUGUGUACUUAUUAAUAGUAUAAAAUAUUCAAUUUAAUUGAAAAAUUUUCCAUGUCGUCUUCCUUUAUAAAUAGAUGUGUAGAUAGAUUGUAUUAUAUGUAA